CAAACCCGGAAGUGACUAGCGAUAACCAGUUUGUGCACAUUUUGGAUUAUUUUACUAUUUUUUUCGAGAUACUAUUUUUUUUUUUGCUAUGAUUUCGUAGCUAGUGUUUUGAUAAGAUGGUUGACAUUUAAUUUAGUGUGUAUAUAUUUCCAAAGUGUCGACGUGCAGUGUAUAUUUGCGCACGGCGUUUGCAGUUUGUACCAAACCAGGGUUUGUUGUUGUUUUGCGUGUUUCGCAAGUCAUCACCGGAAGUUGCCGCAUCGAUAAGUUUAACCAGCUAAAUCUGACAGAGGUUUGGAAGCAAUAGCAGUGACUCUGAUUUUUAAGAUGGCAAAAAAUUUACCGGAGGAAGAAAUUCAGAGGAUUGUCCGCGAGAAACUAAACCAAGAUAAAGUGAAACUCUGGCUGCCACCGUACAGCAAUGAUAACGGCGAAAGAGGACAAAUCCCAGAGGAACUGGUAAAUAAAUAUUCCACAGAGCUGAAUUUAACUGCGGAUAUUAUAAGAGAAACUUUAGAAAAUCUGCGUCUACAUGCCGUUAAUAAGCUGACAGCAAGACAUAAAUUCCAACAGUCUGGCAUUGCUGUACUUAAAGUGAGGUUGGCAGGAAGUGUGCCUGACUCUAGCCUCUCACCAGACACAUUGCGAGCUAGGAAACCAAACUGGAUAUCAGCGGCAUAGAACUCAAGAAAUUGUUAUCUUCAAAUUUUAAUAUUGAAUGUCAUUACUUGAAGUUAAUAAGCUGUGGACAUGUUAUAGAUGACGAUAGGCCUAUCAUGACACAGAAUAUUAAACACCAAUCUCAGGUAAUGGUGAUAUGUUUGUCUCAAAGUGAAGUCGAAGCCAGGAGACAAGAGCAGGAAGUGUUGAAUGUACAGAAAACCAGACAAGCAGCUGAAGUCUUGACUAGGAGAGAGGACGAUGGAAGUGCACUUUAUUUACAAAUCGCUGAUCACAACGGUAAACCAAUCAACUUACCAGUGGCAGAGCGAAAAUCAUUGGCUCUGGCGAUGACACUGAAUGAAAAAGGAAGAGCGGCUUUAAAACGGAAACAGUAUGGUGGAGCAUUACUGCUAUUGUUAGAAGCUGAUAAGGAAUUCAGACAAUGUAGAUCAGAUAUCCUGAAUGCCGUUGACAACUAUGCAGUUCUGUGUUUAGAUAUCACAUGGUGUUAUCUAUGUCUAAAGAAUAUCAAUGAUUUACCAGAUGCAGAUGCAAGAUUAAAGACGAGUGAACAGUGCCUUAAAAGAAGCUAUGGACAGAAUUUUGAAAGGUUGAAUGCUGUCAAAGGAGACAACUCUCGGGAGUUGGCAUUAUUUGUGAGGUUAUAUCUCUUGCAAGGUGUGGUGGCUUUCUAUCAAACUCAAAGAAAUGAGGCAUGGCUGCUACUAGAAAAGGCACAGUCAAUAUGGCGGGUGUUACAAGUAGAUGUGGACAAAUUAAACCAGGUUGUCAGUAUGGGUUUCACAGAGGCAGAAGCAAGACUAGGUUUACGUGCAGCACAUGGUAACAUACAGUCAGCCGUUAUCAAAAUUACCGACAAGCGAGAAGAGAGGAAGAAAAUCAGGAAAAAAGAAGCUGAAGAGAAAAGGAGAAAGAAACUUUCGCGGAAACUUGGUAAAACAGGUGAUGGAAAAUGGGUAAAUGUUGACAGUUAUGAAACACUGAUAUCUAUGGGAUUUUGUAAAUCUGCAUCAUCCGCAGCAUUAAGACAAGCUAAUAAUGAUAUUAAUGUAGCAAUACAGACACUACAAGAACACCCAGAAUUGUUAAGUUUACCUGAUGUGGAACCAAGUGAAAAUAAAAUACCAAUCACUGAUGAACUCAUCUCUGGGGUAACAGCAUUAGGUUUUGAAAUUGAUUUAGCGAGGAGAGCUUUAGAGCGUCACCAUGGCAAUGUUGAGAGAGCCAUCAAUGAGUUAAUAGCAAAUGGAGGAAUAUUGCCCGAUAUUCCAGUACCGUCCACAUCAUCAAACAAAGCAGCUGAAACUUCUAUGGAGACUGAAGAAGAGAAGGCUGCAGUGAAUGAACUUGUCCCAGAUAUAACUGAUUAUGAAGAGGAUUAUUUGGAUUUAACGUUAGAUGAAGAAGGCAACUUAAUUGAAGAAUACAAAGCUAUGAUAUUGUCAUUACAGUAG